AUGUACAUCCGGGGAAAAUUGCUAUUCGGGAUGUUGGUCUCGAAUAAAAGACCUAAUCAAUCAAACAUUUCACUCUUACUAGCUUCGUGCUUGGGGGACUUAUGCACAUCCAGGGUGUCUAGCCCGGAUAGCCAACCAAGUUGGCUAGUACAGCUAGCCCACAAAGGUGUAUUGUGGAAGAAGACUUUGAAGCUUGACUUUGUUCAAAAGCAUACGAUUCAGGGAAGGCCGAAAAGUUGGAGUGAAUUUAGAUUGAAAUCUUAG